AUGUGGUGGCUUGACCCGGGAAAAGACAUACUUAACGCACUGUUCAAUCGCAUUCUUGCCCCAUAUGUGGAGAACCUAGACAUGGAGCAAGUGACGUAUGGCAUCGGUGAAGGACAACUAACGCUUGGGCAAUUGCGACUCAAAAAGGGAGUGAUGGACAAGUUUCAACUUCCAGUGGAAAUAAUCGAAGGCCAUCUAGGGACAUUCACAUUGUCUCUUCAUUGGAAGAACCUUGGAAACCAGCCUGUCAAUGUCUUGAUUGAAGACGUAUAUAUUCUUGUUGGGCCAUCAUCAAUGCCGACGAUAGAUCCGAAAGCAGAGGAGCAAAAAGCGCAAGCUGCCAAAGCAGAGCGCCUGCGAAAUGCUGAUUUACUCCAAAUACGUGGGCAGGCGGCCCAAUCUACAGAGACAACUCCCCAGUCUCACGGACUGUGGGCUUCGCUCAUUACUAAAAUCAUCAAUAACCUCCAAGUGACUGUCAAAAAUAUACACGUACGCUAUGAAGACUAUAGUAGUGUUACUGCGCGAAACCCGUUUGCUGUUGGCCUCACAUUAGCUGGAUUUUCAGUAUCCUCGGUUGACCACAACUGGGAGCCUGCAUUCAUAGACAGUACUGCUGGUGUUAUACAUAAGCUGGCUAAUUUGCAAUCAUUGGCUCUAUAUUUUGAUACUGACUGUUUGGAUAAGGCAUUGACAUCCGUUCAAGGGAUUCAAAUAACAUCAUGUUCUAGAAAAAGUCUUUCUCGACACCAGUUUAUACUGAAACCUGUAUCUGGAGAAGGGAGGAUUACAUUGACCCGUAAUGAAGAAAGAAAUACACCCCGUUUUGACGUCCGAUUGUUAUUCGAUGAGAUUGGUGUUACUUUGGACGACGAGCAAUAUCGCACAGUCGUCGCUCUUAUGGAUACAUGUCAAUUUCACUCCCGCCGGCGACGGGUGAGGAGGAUGAAUAUCACUUGUGUAUCUUUAGCUAACGUUUCACAGCACCGCCAAUUCUGGCCAGGCGGCGAGGAGUUGAAUAGACCUAGAGCGCUUCUGCGUUUUGCCAUGAGGACAGUGCUACACAGUAUCCACGAGAAACGGAGAAGGUGGUCAUGGGACUUCUUUGUUGAACGGCGAGAUGAUCGAAAGCGAUAUACGGAACUAUUCGAGAAGAAGCUACGGAAUAACAUUACCCAGUUUGUUCGUGAGUCAAACUGUCUGGAUGUCUUGGAGACUAAGUUGUCCUAUGAGGAUAUUGUGUUUUAUAGGUCCAUAGUCCGAGCCCGUCUGCGUAAGGAUGUGGCGAUUCGUAAAAAGGCUGAAGAAGAUAAAAGAAAGCAGCAGGAUACUACUCAAAGCUGGACAAGUUGGCUGUGGAGCUCGUAUCAGACUGGUCACCAAGCAGGUCUCCCACCAGGCGGAGUCAUUACUGACGAACAACGCCAGCAGCUAUACGACGUGCUUGACUUCGACGAAGAGUCUGCAUUGUCAGAUUCUUCCCAACGUUUUCGCCGUACUGCCAAGAUACAUGUUACAGUCAAGUUGAAGACAGGGUCGUUUGCUUUGAAGAAAGAUCCCAGGGGCUCAUCCCAUGAAUUCGUAUCAAUAUCUUUUGACACUUUCUGUGCUGACUUUAUCCAGAGAUCCGAUAAUUAUGAAGCGUCUUUAUCCUUGGGUGGUUUCAGUAUCUCCGAUGACACUACGAAAGGAACACUUUAUCGACAGAUAGUUCAUGUAGACAACGCAUCUCGUAGUUUAUCUUCGUCACUCGAAGAGCCUCGAGAGCCAUUUUUCUUCAUCAAAUUCGAGAAUAAUCCUCUGGACAAACGGGCCGAUACUGCUCUUACCGUUUGCCUGCAACACAUGGAAAUCAUUUACCACAGGGCUUAUGUCGAAGCCGUGUGGAAGUUCUUCAGACCCCCUCAAAGCCAGUUGGAGUCGGUUGAAGCAUUAUUGAACGCUGCCAGUCAGAAGUUCGAAGGUUUGCGCAGGGAAACAAGGGCCGGUUUAUCAAUUGCAAUACAAGCCCACAAAACAAUACAUCUCGAAGUAAACGUCGACACUCCUAUGAUUAUUAUACCUGAAGAUGUUACUACCACCAAUUGUCAAUUCCUUGUCAUUGACGCAGGUCACAUCUCGAUUCUCAGUGACCCUGCAAACAAGGGUAGAAUACACGGUGUAGACUCCUUAUGCCCCAGUCGAUAUAGCGAGGAUGAACAUAUGCACUCACUGCUGUACGAUAAAACGGCACUUAGCUUGGAAGCUGCCCAGUUUGUCCUUGGUCCAGAUUUACCCGCUUGCCGUGAAGCUUUGGCUUCCGGAUUAGGCGGUCAACUUCACAUUCUCGAACGCACUAAUAUCGAUCUUCUAAUCCUGAACUCCAUCACGCACUCUCUCGAACUUAUUGAUUUCAAGGUUUCGGGAAGGCUUCCGACUCUUCAAGUCAAUUUAUCCGAUGCCAAGUAUCAAUCCAUCUUGCGCAUCCUCGAUUUAUGUUUCCCCAAUCUUGAUGAUCGACUGGAAAAUGAGGAAUUUCAAAGAAAGCAAUCGUCAGCGACACCUCGUGGUUCAAGCCACCUUUUUGGUCAAGUAGAAAAUGAUUAUGACAUCAUGGGCGAGAGUAUCAACGUCAAGAGCUGUACUCGUCAAACCCCACCCUUGCAGACGCAGCAUCUUGAAGGUCGACAGCCCACAUUCGAAUUCAAUUUUAAAGUCGAUUGUCUCUGUACCGUUUUAAAGAGGUCGAGUGAUGGUGGGCACGAGAAGUUGUUAGGGCAACUUUACCUUGAGCACUUCACGUUUUCGUUUUCAACUUCGAAUUUUGACACUGUCGUAAAUAUCUGUUUAAGAUCUUUGGUUAUGAAUCUCGUGCAAUCUGGAUUGGAUCCUUUACGAUUUAUAUCUUCUCAGAACUUGCACACUCCAGUACACGAGGAUCUUCUCAAAAUUUCCUAUAUUCGCUCAACAAGGAAAUCGUCACAGUUCAGCGGAACAUACGAGAACAUAUACCAAGACGUUGACAUCAUAGUCUCCACUUUCUCUUUCAUGGUUGCCCCAGAGCCUGUGCUAUCGCUAUAUGACUUUAUCAUGGCCGGUUUUGUUUCUGCCACAGGUUCGCGGGGAGUGCAUAAUGCGUCGGUAAAUAAUGAGCUUGAUGCGUAUACAAGAGAAGAAAUAUCCCAUUUCGAUGCACAGAUGGCCAAAAAUCACCGAAUUUCCUUGAAAUUCGCAAGUUUAUGGAUUGUGCUUGUUAGUGAAACUGGUACUCUAGCGACAUUAUCGUUGUCCACUGCGGAUGUUAGUAUUCUGACACGAGCAAACACUUUGUCCGUCGUUGGACGUCUAGGAUGCUUGGCGCUCGAGGAUAAUCGCAUGACGGAAGUUGCUCGACCUGAGUUCAAGCAACUGAUGUCAAUUCAAAGUGACAAUUUUGUUGAGAUCCGGUAUCAGACAGUCGAUCCCAUACAAGAUACAUAUGCAGGCAUUAAUUCUUCUAUCCACAUUAGUGCUGGAUCCGUAAAGGUGCACUUCCUAGAGCAACCCAUUCUUGACAUUGGUCGCUUUAUCACCAAACUUGUCGGUCUCAAGGUAUUAUAUGAUACUGCGCGCCAAGCUGCCGCUCAAAAAGCUUUCGAGCUUGAACACAUUCAAUUCGAGAUAUCAAUGCAAUCGCCUAUAGUCGUUUUUCCACUGGAACCGGCCAGAGUCGGAGAUGCCUUCGUGGUAAGGCUCGGCGAAGUCAGUGCGCGAAACUCAUACCAUGAUCAAAUAAACAAGAUAGCAGCCAGUCUGCGCGGUAUCCAGCUUGUAUCUGACUUUGACCACGACGGGUGCCCUUCCAGUAUCAAAAUGGUCGAUGACAUAGACAUCAGCUCAGUGGUUUUGCAACGGAAAAGUACCGCAGAUCGUGGUGGUGGUACAGCGUAUCCUAACUUCGAGGUUGCUGUGGAGGUUUCUGAUGUUGAGCUAUCUCUUGCUCAAGUGGAAUAUCACUCGCUGAUACAAUUAAUGCAAUCGGUGGCUACGGUUCUAACUAAUACACCCCAGGGUAGUGUUAAAUCUGCCUUGGUCAUUCCGAGUAUUGAUGAUAGCUCGUUAACUUCUUAUGCAGGGCCUCACCAUUUUAAACCAGAACUACACGCUAUGCAUGACCCUAAGGUUUUGCACAGGUGGACCAUUAUUGAUUCAGUAGUCACCAUCAAUUCCGUCAGCCUUCAUCUGUUCAAUCGCCGAGUGACCUCGAAUCACAGUCUCAAGCACCAUAACAUCGCGCGUUUUACCCUGAAAAACAACACGGUCAGGUUCAAGCUGGUUUCUGAUAGUGCCGCGGAGGUGCAAGUGGUUUGCAAAGACUUCACUCUGAGCAACACAAUGGUGGAAGGAACGAAAUUCCGGUCCAUUGUAUCGGCUGCGCGCCAUGGUCGUGACCAGCUUGCUCUGAUGUACACAAAACCAAGCUGUUCAAGCGCUUCCCUUGCAGUUAUUACCAUAGACUCUCCUCAAAUCAUCUUUGCCCAGGACCCUUUCUUGGCUUUGCUUGAGUUUUUCAGCAUUACAAGCCCGAGGUCCAAAGUUCCUGCCACUAGAAGCCGUUUGAGCAACGUUAUAGUAGAAAGGCCGCUUGAAUUCCGCAUUGAUCUUCACGAUGUAUCUUUCACUUUUCUGGAAAACCAUCAAGAUCAUAAUUCUCAAGCCAUCAAGAUAAACAUCAGCCAUAUAUCCUUUUCUAUGCAGGGUGUAUUGGCACUAACAAUGAAACAACUUGGCGUGUCUCUAGUGCAGAUGGACGAUGAAGAAAAUGUUGUCCAUGUAUUGGAUGACGUCAAUAUUUCCCUCUCCUAUCAGAGUCGUAUAUCACGCCAACGGCAAACGUCAAGUGCGAACUUGGCAGUUAAUCCAAUAAUCAUUCGUUUAUCUUUUCGUGACGUCAUCUUGAUCAACGCUAUCAUAACAAAAACAAUGAUCAGGUACAAGGAGUUGCAGAUGUCUUUCGACACGAUUCGCGUUAUUUUGACAGGCGAUAUGCUGGAGGAACAUAUCCUUCAUCUGAAGAUCAAGCCAUUUACGUUUUGGAUAAAAGAUUGGUCGAGCAAGAGGCUGCAAACUACUACGACAAUAGUGCCUGAGAUAAAUUAUUGGAACUUGACGAACUCGCACUGGGAACCAUUAAUUGAUCCGUGGGCAUUGACAAUACUGGUAAAUUAUCAAGACAUGCUUUCGAAAAUAAAUUGUAACCCGAAGAAGGUAACUAUAGAUGACACUUUCGGCGGGCUGGACAUUUGUGUAUCUGCACGUGAACGACUAGACGUCAACAUUACUUCUACAUUCGUCGAUCUUGCUGUCACUAAUCUUCGCAUCUGGAGCCAAGAGGGCGAACAAGCCUCCCAACAAGUUCGUGGCAGCCGCACGCCAUAUUGUAUAAGGAAUAGAACAGGUUUGCCCAUUUUAGUAUGGUCAGACAACGACAACAAUCACAGCUUUAACGACUCAAGAGCGGUCACAGUGGCGAGUGACGAGACAGUUCAUUGGAGAUUUGAUGACCGGAAGACUAUGCUAGAGCACGCACUCAGUUCUGGCCACCAAACACAAAACAUCGGGAUUCGAUUUGUGGGUAAGUCUUGGGAGUCGGUUCACGGGGUUCCUGUAAAUAAGGAAGGCUCUUUCACGUUUCUGCUACGCCCUCGGAUGAGUAACCAUGCGGACUGCCUGUUGUGCGCUGUGAAGGUUCAUAACAAUAUAAAAGUUGUUACCUUUCGGUCCACGUAUUUGGUAGAAAACCAGACAUUCUAUCCUUUGGAGGUGAUGUUAGUAGACCAUGACGGUCAACCAGUACACUCCCUCCAAAAAAUUGCUCCCGGUCGCGACUAUCCUUUACCAAUUGAUACUGUUGCGCAAAAUAGAAUAAGGUUGCAGCCAGAUCAAGGAUUUGGUUACAGAUGGUCCCCGUCUAUUAGACUUGAAGAUCUCCUUUUCAAAAAAAGCUUUACUGUCGGCUGUCCUCAUCAUGAUGUACAAGAGGCCCCUUUCAGGUUUCAAGCUUGGGUAGAAGGUGAUACUCAGGUGUCAGGGACACGGAACUCAUUCAUGGCCAGUUUAAAAUUGCGAGCUCCAAUCGAACUGGAAAAUUUGUUGCCAUAUGACCUUCGGUACCGGAUUUACAACAAAAAUACUGACCAAAACUGGACAAGUUAUUUACGAAAAGGCGGCAUAAUGCCAGUCCAUUCCGUGGAGCUGGGGCAUUUGAUUUUGCUGAAUAUUGACUUACAAGAUACCGUCUUCAGUCCCAGUGAAUUUGCAGUCAUCAACACGGACCGCCAUUCUGACUUCGACGUCGAAUCUUUCCUCAUUCUGCGCGAUCAAUGCGAUCGCAAGCUUCAACUUCAGCUGAACUAUGUCCGUUAUCCGGACUCGGGAGGGGCCUUCAAGGUCCAGAUAUAUAGUGCCUUUGUAGUAGUGAACAAGACGAACUUACCAUUUGGUGUGAAGUCCGCUCGCUUAGGCAAGUUACCUAACUGGCAAGAUGUUGCUGGAGAUAGUAGACCAGUGUUGUCUCAUACUCUGGAUCGUAGUCAAACAUUUGCCUUCAAAAUAGGUGAUUCUGGUUGGUCUAAUGUUUUCAGUUUCGAUGCUCCUGCAGCGGAAACGGAGCUUGUUAUGCCAUCUGAGAAGCAAAAAUCAGAAAUGUUUCACUUCGGAUUAGCAUGGACUGAAGGCCUUGGCAAAUACAAGUUGACUAAAGUGAUCACCCUACUUCCUAGGUUUAUAGUCAUAAAUAAUCUGGAUGGCCCAAUAUGUCUUCGCGAGCAUGGAGCAGAUCCCAAAGGACGUGCCAUCAUUGUCGCUGGUGAUCAUCUUCCCUUGCAUGUCAUGCAAGCCAAUCGAGGCAUGCUGCUGACUAUAGCGUUUCCUGGCUUAAACUCCCAAUGGUCUCCGCCUAUAAAUAUUGAAGAUAUAGGUCCUGUCCACUUUCGACUUCAAAGUUCUAUGGCCGACAGAACCCUAGAAGUCAUCAAGGCUGACGUCCGAAUCAAAGGUUCUACUAUAUCUAUCGCCUAUUCUCGCGCUGAAGAAUGGCCAUUUAUAAUUGAGAAUUAUAGUGACUACAGCAUUUUACUGUGGCAAAUGAAUCAAAGCCAAUCAGAAUCUUCAUAUAAACCCGGCGGGUCAUACGUGCUAGAGCCAAAUACCAACUUGGAAUAUGCUUGGGAUUACCCUGCUUCGUGCGGGAAAAGGAUUGUCCUAAGCAUCAACGAUGCACGUCAUAUUGUGGAUAUCAUGGAAAUAGGCGUUCUCGUACCUUUCAGAUUCUCUGAUCGUCAGCGUUUGAAAGCAGUAUCGUUGGACGUUCGUGCUGAUGGCGACAAGCAGAUCCUACGCGUCACUAACUACAUGGCAGAACAUAGCCUAUACAAACCAAAAAGCCCCACGGACGGAUCUAUGUCACCGGCUUGUGCAUCUACAAGUAAUGUUGAGUCAUUCGAGGCCGUGGCUGAAGAGAUCCCUCCAUCUUUGACCUUGGCCAUUGAUCUGGCAGGCAUUGGUUUGUCCAUGAUCAACCGCAAGAUGAUCGAAGUGCUUUACAUUACGAUGCAUAAAUUGAAGCUUGAAUACAGUAAUAGUCGCGUCCUUCAAGCUAUCAAUCUGUCAUGUCGAGAUAUUCAAGUCGACAAUCAAUUGCAUGAUGCCCUUUAUCCCGUGGUCCUUCAACCCAGCCUUGUUGCGGAGGAGACCGGGGGACUCUUGCCCACUAUUCAAGGGUCUGUUAUAUGGCUGAAGGAUCGGGAACACGGAGUGCUUUUCAUCAAAUACUGUUCUAUCUUGAUUCAGGCGGUGACGAUUGAAGCAGAUGAAGAUUUAUUAUUUGCGAUCUUGGACUUGGCGCAGGUUAAUGAGGUGUCAUGGGAAGAAGAAAUAGAGGACGUUCUGAUUGCAGAUACAGGAUAUUUUCCGGAGCCUCAGGAGAUCCAGUCACGUCAAUAUCUGUAUUUCGAGAUCCUAGAGCUCCAACCAGUGCAGCUGUCCUUGUCAUUCAUGCGUACGGAGAGAAUCAACAGUAGAGAAAAGUUACGCAUUCGAAAUCCGCUUGCCGUUAUGAUAAAUGCAUUGACAAUGGCAUUGGGUAACAUUAAUGAUGCUCCUCUCGAGUUGAAUGCUCUUGUCAUCAGAGACAUGCGGCUAACGUUACCAGAACUUCAAGGUCGCAUAAUAUACCACUACAGACAAGACGUCCUUCGUCAAUUCUAUCGAAUUCUUGGCUCUGCUGAUUUUAUCGGGAACCCAGUGGGACUUUUUACCAACGUCAGCUCUGGGGUUGCAGAUAUAUUUUAUGCGCCUUACCAUGGUGUUGUACAUGGCAACAAAGAGUUUGGUAUAGGAAUCGCUAAAGGAGCUGCUAGCUUUGUGAAGAAAACUGUUUUUGGUUUGUCGGAUAGUAUAACAAAGUUUACCAGUAGUAUGGGGAAGGGUCUUUCUGCCGCAACCUUUGAUUCCGAGUAUCAAGCUCGCCGUCGGACAACACAGAGACGGAACAAACCCCGUCAUGCAAUCUAUGGUGUUACUGCUGGCGGAGAGGCUCUAGCGAGUAGUAUUAUGAGUGCAAUGGAGGGGAUUGUCACGAAACCUGUACAGGGUGCCGAAUCUGAGGGAGCCUUGGGGUUCUUCAAGGGUGUAGGAAAAGGAAUAGUAGGCGUUGUCACAAAACCAGCAGUUGGAGUUUUUGAUUUAGCGUCGAAUGUGUCUGAAGGUAUACGAAAUACUACUACUGUGUUCGAUGUCCCUGGUCGAGACCGCGUGCGGCCGCCUCGACAUGCUCCAGUAGACGGUGUCAUGGUACCUUACUCUGCUCGUGAAGCCUUAGGCCAAUACUGGAUGAGAGAUCUCAAAGAUGGCGCGUAUCGGCAUGAUACGUAUAUAGCUCAUAUUGACUCCCAAGAUGGUGAUAAUGUUGUACUUCUGACUGCUUCGGCUUUGUUGUCAUUUCGGUCCAGAAAAUUACGGCUCGAUUGGGAACUACCCUUUAGCAUGGUACAAGGGGUCACCGCGGAAGACACAGGGAUUCUAUUUAGCCACAAAGCAGGUAAAUCCCGGGACAAAUUUGUCUUCAUCUCAGAUAAACAGGUGCAACUAUGGUUCUUUGAUGAAAUCGCUUCUGUAGUUAGGGUAUUCAAUGGCCGGCGACGAACGGAAGCCGGAUUGGUUUAAAAUUCUAAAGCAAACUGUAGAGAAGUGGUUUCUUUUGACAUUGAUGUUUCGAUAUUUGUUAGUGGGACUAUAGUUCCUGGACCCUUGGUGAUCAUCGCAUACGUCAGGCUGAUCCGUUUCUUCUAUAAUACUCAAUCCUUCGUAAACUGAAGAGCUACACUGCCGGAGCAUUGCCUGAUGGGCACGAGCAGUCUAGAGUGUAAUAAGUCCAUAGUAAUAUCAUAGUUUUACCACAGUUGA